UGUGUCCCCCAAUCAUGGUACUUAGCUGUCGACAUGCACGGUUUCAUUGUUGCUACUAUAAUUAUCGCUCUACUGAAAAAAUCCAUGAGGAAAAUGGUUUUUGUCACAGCCUUCAUAACCUUGACAGGUAUAGCAGUAACGUAUUUUAUUUGCUAUGGUUUACGAUCUACUGGCAAAAGCAACACGUCAAACAUAAUAUAUGAUUCAAGAAGAAUGUACUACACACCAACGCAUACAAGAUUUCCACCUUAUAUGAUCGGUAUGUUGUGUGGGUUGUUCAUGAAAUCGAUCCAGUCUUCAAGAGUUGGCAAAUGCCGUCUUACGCAGGUUCAAUCCUUCGCAGUUUGGAGUGCAGCGAUAUCUUUCUUAGCCAUUAGUACGUUUAUGUCAUUAGCACUAAGCGAUGAGACUACUGCUUUGAUUGCUCUGUAUGAUGCAGUACAUAGAUCGAUUUGGUCUCUAGGAAUUUGUUCAAUUAUUUUGAUGUGUUUCACCCACAAUGGAGGAAUCAUCAACAAGUUCUUGUCCCUCAAGAUCUUUCAAGUAUUGUCAAAGUUGACAUAUUGCAUAUACAUAUUUCAUUUCAUGAUAAUACAUUUGAAGGUGGCAUCAUUGAAGACUGUGGUGCAUUUUUCGAUAUUUGAUCUGCUAAUCGAUACUUGGGGAUCAACAGUGAUAAUGAUAGGUGUAGCUUUUUUGGCAAGCCUAACAUUCGAAUUACCCAUAUUUACCCUGGAAAACUACGUCAGUGGAUGUAUCGAAGAUAAAAUAAUACCGGUGUUCAGCAGGAAAUGUGGACGAACAUGGAAACUUGGAAUUUUUUCGAGACCGAAGACGACAAAUUGAAUUCGAUGUGAAUUAACUCCAUGAAUAAAUAAGUUACCUUAU